GGGAAAUGUAAACAGUCCUCGCGCUCCUGCAGCUUGCUCAGUGAUAGUUUGUCGAGUUAGCUAACGAGAUGUACCAGCGUUUAAUAUUUCACCAGCGAAAGGUUUCCAUCUUAGGUUAUUGCUGUUAAUAAUCCAAGUAGAUAUCACAUGAUGUUAUAAAUACUUUUUUGGGGUUUUACAAGACCGCAUCACAUUUCUGUCAUAAAGUUAAUCUUAGCUAGUUUCAGCUAGCUAGCUAGCUCAGACGAGUAAAGUCUGCUUCCAGCAAAGGUGUUGCACGCAAAAUUAUUUCGCCUGCUAUAUUCUUCAUGCUAAAAGCUCACACUUCUCUGUGCUGAAAUGGUGCUUUCCUUGGUGAGCCUUUGUGCCAGGGAGGUGGUGAGGGACCACAGCUCGUCGCCCUGCUGGCUGAGGUGGGUGCCCAUGGAGCUGUACAGACCGCUGCUGGAGGCCUCUUUUACUGGCUGCAGACCACUGGCUGUGGGUGAACUUGUGCAGAGGUGGCCUGAACGCACAUUGCGUGUCGCCAGACGCAGGAAACAAGGGCAAACUGGGCCAAAUCGACUCUGCAUCCAAGCUCUGUUACUUGCAGUUGUAAGAGGACUGUCGGACCAAAGGUGUUCCCUGAAAGUACUGGACCUAUGUGGACUGCAAGGUGAUGAAGGAGGGAUGGGCGACCCCAUGGGAGGCUGGUCUCUGACUGUAGCUCUCUGCACCAUGGUUGUUCAAGCCAGAGCUGGAGCACAGAGGGCACAGCGGGAGAGGAAAAGAAUCUCUGCUCUAGAGAGAGAAAAAGAUGUGAAACGAGAGAGGGGACAGUGGGAAGGGGGAAGGGAAACACAUUGCAAUCAAGCAAGCACAGAUAAUAAUGAGUUGGGGGGAAAUGACCAAAAUAGGAUGGGAUCAUGUGGGAUUCUGGGCGAAGAGGAGCUGAUUCAAGGUGUCAGGAGGAGGAUGGAGGUAGAGAGGAAAAGAGAUGCGGCAAUGACUGCUUUAGGAGGCAGUCAAAAGGUGACUGAAGCAAAAGAUGUAAGCAGUGAUGUUUUGGUGCAUGUGAGAGCUGAUCUUUUUGUAAAUGCUCGCUCUUGGGAGCGUGUUCGGGGGGCGCUGACCACAUUGGGACCCCUCAAGCUUCAGUGCAGAUACCUACGUGUGGAAGAGAUUUCAGUGUCUAGUAUCAGGACUCUGCUGGGUCUCCUGCCUCGCCAGGGUUUUCUGGGCAUUGAUGUUCGCUACAGCAGCCUCGGUGUGGCUGGCUUGGCUGAGCUGCUGCCUCUGCUUUCCGCCUUCCCUGCCCUGAACUCUCUUAGACUGCACUACUGUAACUUGGACUUUCGCAGAGACCACCCUGGCCAGGAAGAGGCCCUGAGGGACUUGUCUCAGGGUCUGACACAACUACAAGAACUAAGUCGUCUCAGCCUCACUGCACUGCGUCUGCCUGGACAACUUCGUGUGCUGCUUAGCUCACUGCCUAAGCCUCUAGAGAUACUGGAGCUGCCAUAUUUGAGCUUGAGCCCGGCUGACCUCGCCUAUCUGUCCUGCAGCCAUCAUGCUUCCACACUGCAGCAGCUGGAUCUAAGUGAAAACCGCCUGGAUGAAAACACACUGACCUCCAUUCGCCGCCUCCUCUCCCAGGCUUCCAGUAGUCUGCAGCACCUCUCUUUAAGUGGCUGUGGCCUUACUGAUGGCCUGCUGGGACUCUUGCUGCCCUCACUGGGAGGCUGCAGGGCCCUCAAGAGCUUGGCUUUGGCCCUGAACCCACUCUCCGUUGCUGGCCUCAUGGACCUGGUGAGGAUGGCUGUGAGAAUGCCCUCUCUCCGUCAGUUACUGUACCCCAACCCCCUGGAAGACUACCAGCCGGGCCUUCCUGACCUGCCCUCCAGUGCUCAGCUUUUAGACUGGCCGCUGGAUGAAGCCUCAGACAUCAACAUUACCAGCAGCCAGCUCAAAAGGGUGCUGCUAGAAAGCGGUCGCUCUGACCUCUUUCUGACAUGCGACCUGCUCAAUUAUGAUAAAGACUUGGUGGACUAGAGCAAAGGCGAAGGAAAGGAACAGGUGGUUUUGUUUUUUGUUCGUUUAGCAACACGUACCAGAGCAAUGUACAUACACGACAAUCAAAUUGUCACCCUAAUCUAGAGUUCAAAUUAUGUUUUUUUUAUCUUUUCGUUAUCUGUCCCCUGUAAAGGUCUGAUACUCUAAGGGGUAGCCAUAGUCCAGGGUGAUGGUGGGGUUAAGGGGAAGUCAUUGUGUCACCAAAGCAACAUGUUUGUUAUUGUUGGGAGAUAAGAUUUCCUCCUGUUGGGACACAUGGAGGAUUACACAAUAAGCCAUGCUUCAAUAAAAUGGCGCUGUAAUACUUGUUAUAAUAAUAAUAAUGUUUACUUAUUGACUGUAUAAAACAAUUGCUGUAUAUGUUUUGCUUUUUAAUCAGGGUAACAUAAUAGUUGGGACACAAAGAUUAUUUUCCCUCUCGUUGAAGUUUACAAGUUAUCUGCCCUCGUGCCUUUACAACAUUACUUUCUUUAUACAAGACACUCAUUCAUAUACAGCAGCUGAUCAGCUAUUACAUAAUACACCAACAAUCAAAACUACACGUUUAACGGUGGUUUUCUUUUAUAAUGUUAAAAUAUUAGCAUACUUUUUACUUUAAAUACGUGCCAAUUAUGAGUAUUGUAAUUUCUCUUUGUGCUGUUCUAAUUUCCAUUUGUCUUACUGUAUUUCUUGAAUAUGUUUGUCCAGGAUUCUGCUUUUUUUGUAUUCAUUCGACUGAUAUAUCGAGUCCAAAAGACAGAAAUCACCGUUAUCGGGAAAUGCGUGUACCAACUCCCCCUUGUACGACAUGAAUGCAUUAACAUACUGUCAAUCACAGAAUAAAUCAGUCUUAAAGCAAUUUUUUAAGUCUUU